AGGACUUCACCACUCGGAACGGGAAGACUAAGUGGGUGUGGUCACCUGUCAGCAACAGCAAGGAAGACGAGCUCAUGCAGCUGCUGCAGAAGCAUGGGAUCGACAUCUCCGAGUUCACCUGGCAAAGCUUUGUGGAACUCUACGUCGAGGUGCACGAGCAGGCCCUGUCAACAGUGGAAGUUGAUGAGGACGAACUGGUGCGGAAGGUUCGCAUCAUCAAAAUUUGGUUGGAAGCCAACGUGCAGAGCCAGAGGCAUGUGCUGGUCAUCAAGACCAAGCAGCAGAGAGGUCGCACGCAGAACUUCCGAUCCCUGCGCACCUUGUCCAUGCGGAUGCGGGCCUUGCAGAGCUGGCAGGAGGCGGUCCGCGAGGCUCUCUUCCUGCGGCUGGGCAUCUCGGACCAGCAGCAGCGAGAAGCCCUAAACAUCGAGCUCAUGGAGACACGGGAGGAGGUGGAGUACUCUGUGAGCUUUCCUGGACUGAAGACCGUGUACAACAUCUGCGAGGUGCACUGCGAGGUGCUGAGCCCUCAGGAUCAGCAGUGGCAAUACAUCGGUCUGCCGGCAGCCAAUGACUUCACCUUCUCCCGGCAGGAGCCCAUUGCGAACACCGGGGAGUUCGACAUGGUGAUAACAAGGUGGGGGUGGACCGAUGCGGCAGAAGUCGAGCAUGAGGUCGAGCGGAGGAAAGGGCGCAAGAGGCGCAGCGCCGACGAUGCCAUCGUGACAGCCACUGAUUCGGAUACGAGCAGGAAGAAGGUUGUGCCACCAGAACCUUUGCCUGUCAGUGGCAAGGACGAGCUGCUGAUCAUGCGGGUAAUGGAUGGCAAAACCACUGACUGGGCCAAAGCGCGCCGCGCCGCGGAGCAAAUUCGGAGCGCCAGCUAUUCCACAAAGGAUUUCUACAAUGACUUGGUGGCUGCUUUUCCGGAGCUGAGACUUUACUGCGUGGUCCGAGAAGGCGGCACGCCACACGGGGAGGGGAAGAUCCUUUUGCCUUCCAUCUCGGCGCUGACCACGUCGGCCAGCAGAACAGGCGAAGACGAGUACCAACGCACCAUCGGCGCGCUGUUUUGCAUCUUCUGGCUUAUGCGCCAGCACCUGGAUGGCAAGGAGUGCUUCUGCUUCGGCCUCGACAAUGACUGGAACCCUCGGAGCAAGGACCACUUCAAGGAUCAGGAGCUGGAGGCUGAGUACAACAAGCGGAAUAUGUUCUUCGAGAAAACUGAUUGGGCGGCCAUUGAAAGUUUGCUUGUUGGUGCUGGCCUUUUAAAGAAGGCCGGAGGCCCCCAUGACGUGGAGAGAACCUUGGCGAUGCUGGUGCUCAUGACUAUCCAUGACGUCAUGAAACUGGACAUCCUUCGUCCCACCGUGGGCUGUGGCGAGUUUAGUGGCUACCAAAAUGGUGAGCCCAUUGGCGACCAUGACGUGGCUUUGAGCUAUGUGCUGGACAGAUGCCCUCAAGCGUUGCCAUCCUUUGCCGGGCUGUCAACAAGCAUGCAAGAAAGCAUCAAGUUCACCCACUGCAAGUUGGACUACAACAUGGGUUGGCUGGUGCAAGCAGAAGCUCCACCAGGGGCUUUAUUCAAGGCAUUCCGUGAAGUCGUGCUCAGUGGGGCAGCUGAUGACGAGAAGUGCGCCAGCAAUAUUGCCUUCUACUUUGUCCACUGGUUCGCCGAUUUGGCCGGUGCAGAAGCUUUUCCCUUACAAGGCUGCGAGAAGUUUGUCUUGAAGUUCCCCUUGCACGUCCUUAGCAGCUUCAUCGACUCCUUUGCCGUGGUGUGGAACCUCGGCCCAAAGACGGAGACGGAAGUUUUUGAGGACUACCUCGUGUGGCGCUGGAACAACAUGGAGCAGCGAGAGCUGGGCCCCGCCCCCAGCGGCUUUGGCGCCGUGGCCAAGAUGCGGCUGGUCCUCAUGGCACAGGGGAACAGCGCUGAGAUCAUCAGGCAGUUUGGCAAGCUGAAGAAGGCCGACCAGCUAGUGCUCAGCCAGGAGCUGGCAAUGAGUGGAUGCGUGAACCAGAAGUUCAAGAGAGAUGGCUUCAAGGAAGUCGGAGGCCCGGCCAUCUUGAUCUAUUACUCGCCAGCGCUGAUGCAAAAGGCGGGCAAGCAGGAUCCAGGAGGUGCCAUGGUCAUCCUGGCGGAAAUCUUCCGUCAAGCACGCUCGCUGUGGCCACUGUCCAGCAAGGCUGAGGAUUGUGACAAAACAGUCGUGGUCCGCAUCGAUGUCCUUAAGGAGCUGCAGGUGCUGAACAUCACGGAGCCCAAGCCGGGGAUCAACUAUGUCCUCACCAGGGUCAGCUCCCAGGAUGCGCAGGUGAAAAUUGUCCGAAACCUUGACAUGAAGGAGUUGGACCAGGCUCAGCGCCUUAUACAGUUCGGUCGCGACGAUGUGGACACCAGCUGCCUGUCGCCGUUGAGAAGGCCUCGACGGUCAGCAAAUUCUAGGUUUUCCUGGUUGGCAUGGACGGGAUGACGGCGCACAAAAGGGUGCACUGGCUUUUGAACUGUUUAUUGUGCGUGGUAGCUGCCAGUCGACGCACUUCAUUGAGACGCAUUUGGAAGCCGUCGGCGGUAAGUGUUUUUUUCAUUCGUCAAAACCAUCAAUUGGGAUAAGUUUCACAACAUGGCCAGAUCUCACUCCGAGCCUUCAAUGCUCCAAGCAUGUCUUCGUUUUCCCAUCUCGAGACAGGGCUGGGAGUGGUUAGGAGCGCUGGCGAUGGGCCGAGGCCAUCUGAUAGGCCUCGGCCUCUCCAAGAAGGCGAAAGUGUCUCAGCCAAGCGGCUCUCUCCGCGCUUCUUUAGAUGGGCCUCGAAGAGGUCGACAGAUCCGAAC